AUCGAUAUUUUUUGUUGCAUUUGAGUGAAAUUUCAUCUCCAUCUCGAAGUUUUAAUCGUUUUUUCGGUGAAAAUAUGUACUUAACGAGUGAUUCGACGAUUACGAAUUCGCUAUCGUAUCCGCCGGUUCAUUCAUCUUGUAUAUUUUCCGUCAUCUGCGAUCCUUCGGACGAGUUUAAUUCGUAGAUUAUGAUACGUGUCUUGUGCCCAUCGCCCCAACUUAUAGCAUUAUAAUUCUGUAAUUAUGGUUCUAAAUAACAGCGUAACGCAAACCAUCAUCCAUCCGCCUCAUUACCUUCACGAAUUACCCUUAGAAGAUGAAGAAAGAUUGGGUAAAAUCUUCAAUAACUUGGAUCUAGACGGUAAUGGUAAAAUCGAUAUUCACGACUUAUCAGUCGCUCUGAAAGAUUUCGGCGUUAGUCACCGCGAUGCUCAGAAAUUUUUAGAAAGAUCUGACUCGAAUAAGAGCGGCGAUAUUACUUUAGCUGAGUUUAUACACUAUGUGAAAGAACACGAGAAGAAAUUGAGGCUGGGAUUUUCUCAUUUGGAUAAGAAUAAAGAUGGUAAAAUAGAUCAAGAUGAGUUGAUCAGAGCUUUCGAAGAGUUGGGUAUCGAAAUAGACACCAAAGAAGCGAAAAAAUUAUUAAAAAGAAUGGAUAAAGAUGGCACGUUAGAAAUAAGUUUCAACGAAUGGAGAGAUUUUUUACUCUACUGUCCUUACACCGAUCUACGCGACUUGAUUAAAUAUUGGAGACAUUCGACAUAUUUGGAUAUCGGUGAAGAUAUCAACGUACCGGAUGACUUUACCCAGACAGAGAUGCUGACUGGAAUGUGGUGGAGGCAUUUAGUAGCCGGUGGUGUGGCCGGCGCUGUAUCUAGAACGUGUACAGCCCCUUUGGAUAGGCUAAAAGUUUAUUUGCAGGUACACGGUAACAAAAAGAGUAGUAUUAAAACAUGCCUGUCGUAUUUGCUGAAGGAAGGCGGCGUCUGGAGUCUGUGGCGUGGCAACGGCAUCAAUGUGUUGAAAAUCGCGCCCGAAUCUGCUCUCAAAUUUAUGGCCUACGAACAAGCGAAAAGACUGAUCAGAGGCACUAGCACGCGCGAGUUGACCAUUUACGAACGUUUCGCAGCCGGAUCAUUUGCCGGAUCAUUUAGUCAAACGAUUAUUUACCCUUUGGAGGUAUUAAAGACUCGCCUAGCGCUGAGGAAAACAGGCGAAUACAGAAGUAUAGUAGACGCAGCUAGUAAAAUUUUACAAAGAGAAGGAUGGCGUAGUUUUUAUCGCGGAUACGUUCCUAACCUUUUGGGUAUCGUUCCGUAUGCUGGUAUCGACUUAGCAGUGUACGAGACAUUGAAAAAUAGUUACCUUAAGAAACACAACGACUCGGAUACGCCGAGUGUUCUGCUGCUGCUGACGUGUGGUACAAUAUCCAGCACUUGUGGACAAAUGUGUAGUUAUCCGUUGGCUUUGGUUAGAACCAGGUUACAAGCUCAAGUCAUUACCAACGUAGGUACUAGUCAGUACACGAUGACCGGAUUACUGAAGACGAUCGUGCAAGAAGAAGGAUUCACCGGACUGUAUCGCGGUAUCACGCCGAAUUUCAUGAAAGUAGCUCCAGCGGUCAGCAUUAGUUACGUAGUUUACGAAAGAUGUAGACAAGCGUUAGGCGUCAGCAUGACGUAAUUCCAAAGGUACCUCAUCGUGCAUUGAAAUUUAUUGAAAACACGUCGUUAUAUACGAGUAAUUUGGAGCCUAAUUUUUACUUACUACAUAAAAUCAUUCAUCUUUUACGCAGAAAAACAUACUAUAGACCGACGACGACGUUUAAAAUAUCGACGACGUAUCUCGCGUACGGUUUUUUUUUCUUUUUUUUUUUCUUGUGUCUUGUUUUACUAUAUUACGUUCUACGAAGUCGUAAUGUUACCACGCUGUGAGGUCUUUUGAGCUGCCUUUUUUUUUUGUUCUCGCUCUACAAAACAUUUAAUAUGCUGUGAUUAAUAUGUAUUUUUUAAUAUUGUGUUAAAACUACUGUACGUUUUUUUAUGUAUUGUUUCUCUCGUCGAGACUCAACGAUCAUCGUCUCUUCUUCUUAUUUAAUCAGUCGUACCUCGUACGUGUUUCGUUGCUGCUCCUGAGGAGCGCCAUUUUACAUCAUAAUACGACACACUCUUGAUAUUAGCUCAUUGUCCCUGUUUGUCCCUCCCUCCCCCUCCCCCUCCCCCCUCUUCGCAGUAGUCGUGUGUAGUUCAAGUGUUGACGACGAGGUGAUCGAGUGAGACUUGAUAGCUCGAAUCGAAAUGUAGAGAAAAUCGUCUGUGCUCAGUGCUCACCCUUCGAGGUGUGAUGUGCUCUUUGAUGACAUCGAAAAUCGUCGAAUUCGAUACGUUCGCGAACGUAUUACGUAUUUCAUUGUGUAUUUAAAAUUAUUACUACAUAAAUCGUGUUUAAGAAGGAAAAUAUACGCUUUUCACUGUUUUUUUUCUCUCUCUCUCUCGUGGUUUUGUAACUUCGUAUGCUUUUUGUUUGGUAGCACGAUUAGAUUAUUACGCGUUUUGCCAAAUUGCCUUUAUUGUUCUUAACUGAGUUUUGACUUUUGUUGUGAUGAGAAUGGGCGUUUUCGAGAUGAGGAAGAGUCCGGCGGGUGUUGGAAAGUUCCUUUUGUGUCGUUUUGGCAGAUUUUUGCUAAAUUAAAAAAAUAAAAUUGGUAUUGGAUUAAAUUUUAAGGGAAAGAAUUGAGUUGGAGAGGGUUUUGAAGGUUCGGUAAUAUUCGUCGUGAUUCGGGAGGUUUCGAUUUUGAUCGAGUUUUCGGAAAUGGAAAAUCGUAGCUUGUGAUGGGUUCAUUAGCCAAUGCCAAUGAUGAUGACGAUUAAGACCGAAUUUGAACGGAAAUUGUCGAUUAUUUACGAAUUGCUCCGGAAUUUGAAGAUUCGGUAAUAUUCGUCGUAAUUCGGGAGGUUUCGUCUCGAUUUCGAUUCUGAUUGGAUGUUGAGAAAAAUACGCAUUGUGAUUGGCGUAGCAAACGUCGACGACGAUUAUUUCCGGAUGUGAACGAAAAUUGCCGAAUUGCUACGAAAGUUGCCGAGUUGUUACGAAAAUUGAUGAAUAUUCACGAUUAGCUCUGAAAAUUCAAAAUUCAUGAAAAUUGAACAAAUAUUCGAAUGAGAUGGAAAUUUACGACGAAUAUUACCACUAAUUUGAUCGAAAUUGAUAGAGAUGAUUGAGAAUAUACUUGGAUGAUGUUCUCAAAAAUUCCUACGAUAAGUUGCUCACCCACAAGCGCCUAUUUUUUGAAAAAAAAUCUAUGGAAUAGUUACUUUUUGUUAAAUAUAAAAUAUAUUCUUUUUUUUUUACCAAUUUACUAUUCUACCUAUACUUUUAAACACGCUGUUAUUUUGAUAUUGACAUUGCGAUGACAUUCCAAAUACAUUGAACGAGAGGCUUAAAUUUUUGUUUUUUUAACAUAUCGUGUUAAAUUUGUAUUUUAAAGUGUUAUGGUAAAUCGUUAUGUGUGAGAUUUGGUAUAUUAAAAUAAUGUACUUUGGUUCUAUAAUUUUUUUCGAUGUCAUUUUUAUUCAUUUUUUUUCUUUCAUUCUUUUUUGAUUGUUCUCUAAAAUUAAGUUUGUUUUCGUGCGAUUAUACAAUUUUUUUUCUCCUCGUUUUCCUCUGUUUGUUUUAGAAUGCUCGUAAAUUUUUUUUUUAAUAACAAGUUUAUUUCGAAAUGACUUUUUAAUAACUACCUACUAUAGAAGGUGAAAUAAACUGUGUAUUUUAACCGAUGUAUUUACUUAUUGGUACGUACUACUAUAAUAAUGACGAAACGAUCGUUUGUCAGUAUUUUGUUUUUAGCUUGUCCAAUUAUACGAAUUUUUCAGUUUGAA